AUUAGUGGUAAUUGUGGCAGGGUGUUUUAGAGGCCAUAAGGAUAAGCUGUGCUGGAUAUCCAACUAAAAGAUCGUUCGAUGAGUUCAUAGACCGUUUUGGAAUGCUAGCUCCAGAUGUUUUGGAUGGAUCCGAUGAGAAAUCAGCAUGUAUUGCAAUCUGUAACAAAAUGAACUUAAAGGGCUAUCAGAUUGGGAAAACAAAGGUAUUUCUUAGAGCAGGGCAGAUGGCUGAAUUAGAUACUCGAAGAGCUGAGGUUUUGGCUCGUGCUGCAAAGCGUAUUCAGAGGCAAAUCCGGACAUACCUAACCCGAAAAGAGUACAUUAUCCUGCGAAAGGCUACCAUCCAUAUCCAGAAACUAUGGAGAGCACAAAUUGCACGCAAGCUGUAUGAACACAUGAGACAAGAAGCUGCUUCAAUCCGUAUACAGAAACAUGCACGCGCACAUGCAGCAAGAAAGUCUUACACCAAAUCACGGGAAGCAGCAACUGUAAUUCAAACAGGGAUGAGAACAAUGUCAGCCCGAAAUGAGUACAGGUGGAGACGACAAAACAAAGCAGCAACUAUAAUUCAGACUGAAUGGAGAAGAUUCCAUGCUCUUUCUGUGCAUAAUCGGGUGAAAAAGGCAAAUAUUACACUUCAAUGCCUUUGGCGUGCUAGGAUUGCAAGGAAGGAGCUUAGAAAAUUGAGGAUGGCAGCAAGGGAAACAGGAGCACUCAAGGAAGCAAAGGACAAGCUGGAAAAGCGUGUUGAAGAACUUUCAUGGAGACUAGAUUUUGAGAAGCGCUUAAGGAUUGAUACUGAAGAAGCAAAGAGCCAGGAAAUAGCAAAGUUUCAGACUGCUUUAGAAGAAAUGCAAGCAAAACUGGAUGAAGCACAUGCUGCAAUCAUUCAUGAAAAAGAGGCGGCAAAGACAGCCAUUGAACAAGCCCCACCAAUCAUCAAAGAGGUACCUGUAGUGGACGACACAAAGGUGGAACUAUUGACAAAUCAAAAUCAUGAACUUGAGGAAGAGAUAAGAGAACUAAAGAAGCGGGUAGUGGAAUUUGAGCAAAGUUAUUCUGAGGCUGAAAAGGAAAGCAAAACCAGACUUCAAGAAGCAGAAGAAGCACAGAUGAAAGUUUCACAACUUCAGGAGACCAUCGAGAGAUUAGAAAUGAAUGUAUCCAACCUUGAAUCUGAGAAUCAGGUUCUGCGUCAGCAGGCUUUGGCUGCAUCAACUACAGAGGACUCCACUGAGGAAAUGGAAAUACUUAGGAGCAAGAUCAGAGAUUUGGAGUCAGAAAACGAGUUACUUCAAAGUCAAAACAUAGUUGUGGAGCAAAUAGUGGGUCCUGUUCAUCAUAUAUCCCAACUGGACAAGAGUUUCGACAAUGGACAUAAAAACGAUAGCAGUGUUCAAAUAGUGCAAGAGCCUCAAACUACACAGGCAAAGGAACAUAUAACUGAAGAUUCUUUGCCUCCUGUAACAGUCCUCACUAAACAAAGAUCCUUAGCAGAUAGGCAGCAGGAAAACUAUGAUGUACUAAUCAAAUGUCUCCUCGAAGACAAGCAAUUUGACAAGGGCAGACCUGUUGCUGCUUGCAUUGUGUACAAAACACUCGUUCAAUGGAGAUCCUUUGAAGCAGACAAGACACAUAUAUUUGAUAGGGUUGUUCAUGCUAUCCAAUCAUCAAUAGAGAAUCAGGAUGGUGCUAAGGAUCUAGCAUAUUGGCUGUCAACAACGUCUACUCUUUUAUUUCUUCUGCAACGAACAAUCAAAGCAAGCAAUACAUCAAUGGUAGCUUCCAAAAGGAACCGAAGUUCGCCCACCACCUUGUUUGGCAGAAUGGUGCAGGGUUCCCGACAUUUUUCAAUGAACAUGGGAAUUUCUAGUGGAUACAGCGGGAUGGAUGGAAACCUUAACCCAAAAUCAAGGAUAGAAGCUAAAUACCCUGCCUUGCUGUUUAAACAACAUCUAGCUGCCUGUGUUGAGAAAAUAUAUGGAAUGAUCCGUGACAGCUUAAAGAAAGAGAUCAGUCCAUUUCUUAACUUGUGCAUACAAGCACCAAGAGCCGCAAGGAUCAGACCAUUACGAGGGUCGUCUAAAAAUAUACAUUCACAUAUCAUAUUAAAACAACAGGGAUCUAGUAUACACUGGAAAAAUAUUGUCAACAGCUUGGAUCAUGCCAUGGGAAUACUGUCAGAAAAUUAUGUCCCUUCCACUAUUACAAGGAAAAUCUUCAGCCAGGUAUUCUCAUUCAUAAAUGUUCAGCUUUUCAACAGCUUACUGCUCCGUCGUGAAUGCUGCUCAUUUAGCAAUGGAGAGUACGUAAAGGCUGGUUUGCAAGAAAUAGAGCACUGGUGUACAAAAGCUACAGAUCAGUUUGCUGGAUCUUCCUGGGAUGAACUCCAACACAUAAGACAAGCUGUAGCUUUUCUGGUUCUGCACCAGAAAGCUCAAAAGUCAUUGGAUGAGAUCACAAAUGAACUCUGCCCGGUGUUGAGCAUCCCACAAAUAUAUCGAAUAGGAACCAUGUUUUGGGAUGACAAAUAUGGAGCCCAAGGAUUAUCUCCAGAAAUAAUUGCAAAGAUGAAAUCAUUGACCUUAGAAGAUUCAAUUAAUACGCCAAACAACACAUUCUUGCUUGAUGUGGAUUCAAGUAUACCUUUCUCUAUUGAAGAGAUAUCACAGUCCUUUCAAGAUAUCAAUGUGUCUGAUGUGGAUCCUCCUCCCCUUCUUCGUCAGAGAUCAGAUUUCCAUUUCCUGUUGCAGACAACAGAAUGAGAAUAUUUUACUUCUCCAAUUUUGGCUUUAUUUAAAGAAAAAGGUUUAGGUGCAAGUUGUAACCAUUUCUUGAUUGCAGUAGCCAUUUUGUUCCUUUGGGGUGGUGGGAGAGUGAGUGAUUCAGAAUGUAAAUGUUCUUUGUUUAGUUUGAUUUUUAAUUAUUUGUUUCCCACAUUUCAGCAAAGCAAUUGUUUGUAAUCAUAAGUGCUCUUCAGAUUGGGGCUUUAACAAAAUGAUGAUGUACACGCACUUAUCAAAAUUUUCA